GGUGGGGAUGGGGGAAGGAUGCAUUGUAUGUUACGGAACGAAACCAUUGCCCAGUGCAAGAGACGCAGAAAGAAGACGACACUCGGGGGAACCCUGGCACUAUGAGACACAGAGACAGACGAGGGAGUACAUGCGAGGAGAGCGACGAGACAGUGAUGAUGCGAUGCAUGACAUGAGAACUGCGUGAACGACGAUGAUUGUGUAUGAAGGCGAUUGCGACUUGGUGGGUUGUGGAAGGGGGGAAGGGGAAGUGGUGAUGGAUGAUUGCAUGGGUGAUUGAGGGUCCAUGAUGCGUGAGACAAAUGAACCCGAGAAAAAAGAACGGAGACUCAUAAAGCAGGAAUGCGCGAGCGCGCUUUUGACAUACAUACCUAACCGGAGAGGCUGGACCUGCGGACGGCGUCGCAUACGACGGAGCACGCAGGCAGCAAUACGAUACGAUACAAAGGGCGAAAGUCGUCCCUCGAAGGUCGGAAGUCGACGAGCGGGAAUCAAAGGCAGUGGUGGUCGGACGGCACCGGGCAAAAGCAAAAGGCGCAUCACAAGAGAACGCAUCCCGUCAAUCAUCGUGAUGACGGACGAUGGCCACCAGGAUCUCACGGAGGACCUCGUCCUGGUCGGCAGAUAUGAUGUCUUGGUGGGUGGACGCAAAGUCUCGAAGUGCCGCGACCAUGUGCUCCGCUUCCUCCAUCGUCUCCACCUUGGGCGGCUCCUUGACGAUGUUCAUCUUAGGCACGACGUAAAUCUCCUGCUGCGUCAGCCCGUCCUCGGACGGCACCAUCACCGGGAUCGGAUCGGGGACGGUGACAGGGACUGGCUCGGGUUGCUCGUACUCAGGCUCUGGAGCAGGCGGGACCCAUACUGGCUGUGGGUCCUGGCGCGGGACAGACGGUUGGGGCGACGCCGUACGUAGGAAUCCGCACCCAAACGCACGCAUCUUAUCGGCGUCCGUGCCGUUGCCGGUGUACUUGCCCUUCUUGAUGCCAUGGCGCGCCUUGAAGUUCUCCACCCAACCCGAGCUCGCCUUGAACCUGUCUUCACCGAUGUUCAGGAACCCCGCGAUCUCGC